CGCGUAUUCUGUGUUUUAAGGUCACGACGGUGAAACAUCGAAAGUAGGCCUGCACGCUGUGAGAAAUUGAAUUUACAUAUAAAUCAUGCAGUAAUUAGCUAUUUAUCGCAAAGCACUAUCGUUGAAUAUAAAAGGCCUAGUAUUAGAGACAACGAGUUUGAUAGAAAUUAGAAAUUAAUUUGGGGGUUUUGUGUUCGGUCCAGUCGGACGAUAUAGCCUAUAGCCUACGACCAUAAUAAUGAACAGCCUACUCUUCGGUUGGAGGCAGUACGGCUUUCAAAAAGACAUUCAAAUACACUGAGGCACAAGCACCACGCGCCGUUGCAAAUCCCUCGGAAAAGAAGUAUACUGAGGGAGCUCAUUGAACAUCGUAUUCGACGGAAGACGCGUAGCGCAUGCCGCCAUCUUGGAUAGAUAGACACUUCAGCCAAGGAUAACCCGCAGUUCCACUCAGAAAGCCGGAGAUAAUUAAAUAUAAAUCCAAAACAAAAACCCACAAUGGCCACCGCACCGUACAACUAUUCCUACAUUUUCAAAUACAUCAUCAUCGGGGAUAUGGGAGUGGGAAAGUCAUGUUUGCUUCACCAGUUCACAGAAAAGAAAUUCAUGGCCGACUGCCCCCACACGAUCGGCGUGGAGUUCGGCACCCGGAUCAUCGAGGUGAGCGGCCAGAAGAUCAAGCUGCAGAUCUGGGACACCGCCGGGCAGGAGCGCUUCCGCGCCGUCACGCGCAGCUACUACCGGGGCGCCGCCGGCGCGCUCAUGGUCUAUGACAUCACCAGGAGAAGCACUUACAACCACCUCAGCAGCUGGUUGACGGAUGCACGGAAUCUGACCAACCCCAACACUGUGAUCAUCCUCAUAGGAAACAAGGCCGACCUGGAGGCGCAGCGAGACGUCACGUACGAGGAGGCCAAGCAGUUUGCAGAGGAGAACGGUCUAUUAUUCCUGGAAGCCAGCGCAAAGACGGGGGAGAACGUGGAGGACGCCUUCCUGGAGGCGGCCAAGAAGAUCUACCAGAACAUCCAGGACGGCAGCCUGGACCUGAACGCGGCCGAGUCGGGCGUGCAGCACAAGCCCUCCGCCCCCCAGGGGGGCCGGCUAACCAGCGAACCACAGCCCCAGAGAGAAGGGUGCGGCUGCUAAUGACCGUCCCGCCCUCGACCCCGCCCCCGACCCCGCCUCCGUCUGCCCCCGCCUUCCCCUGGGGCGACGCAGGGACUGAACGAGGGGCAGGCCGGAUGACCGUGCCCCCCCCCCCCCCCACCCUCUCGCUCCUCCCCGCCCCCCCCACCCCAUCCCAUCCGUCUGCUCCCCUCCCCCACCACCCUCCUAUUUGCCACCCACAUAACCCACAUCCCCCCCAAGCACUUUUCGGUACAGGUCAUCUCCAUGGUAUCCAAACUCCAUUCCAAAUGAAUAUUACAGAGCGACUAAGAAAUGGGUGACAGUGACCAUUAUUAUUGACACAGAGUCACCAUUUUACGUAUAUCCGAAAAACCAAACAAUCCAGUCACACAUAGAUCUUUAAAGGACCAACUCGCCCCCUGUCUCUCCACAGAGUCCAUUAUGGUCGAAAUCUAGGCCUAUUUUAAACUGAAUGCGUAAAAUAUUUAAUCCCGCUGUUGUGUGUGAGUUUGCCCUUAUAGCGGGAAAUGGCUGUGUAGAAAUGGGCAGUACUGACGAGGCCAGGCUGGAUACGACCUGUCCGAGGUCAGGUAGCGGUGUCUGUAGCAGGACCUGGUGGUCUGUCCACGCGUGCCCGUGAUGCUGUUAAUCGCGUGCUGUCGAGCCUGUGACCAGGGACCAUAAGGACUAAAAAAAAAAAGAUUCUGCAGAAGCCAUUAACAGGCAGGCCUCGACUCCGAAAAGGUCUUUGAAGCGUCGCUUAAAAGCUUUGCUUAAAAGAAAGGGUUUCGGAGCGUGCCUACGAUAUUUGAAAACUCCAUUUCCCAGAGAGAACCGAUUACAUCGCAUUCCAUUGUAGUCCCGUCGUAGUUUCUUUAAUAAAAAGGGUGUGAUUAAAAAAACAUGCCUGCGUAUGCGAGCAGUGUGUAAGUGAGUGAGUGCGUGUUUGUGGAGGGGAGGAACAGCGAAUCAGUUUUGAGGAGACACUUGAAGGAGAAGUCGCGCUUUUCUCCGACCUCUUCUCUAGGAUUCCACCUGACCCUCAGCCACCAGUCCCCCCACGUCAUACAUUAAAUCCCUCAUAACCCCGAUCAUAUCAAGUGUUUCGUUUUUUUUCCUUUUUUUUAAAAAAAAAAAUCCUUUCCUAAGCGUACUUUUGUUGUUUGUUGCCUUAUUAUAUAAUUAUUAUUGUUACCAUUUUAUCCUUUUCUGCUGCUUGUUCUACAUAACUGAUGUUGGACGCUUUUCUGUUAAAUAAAUGAAUAAUGGCGAUGAUUAUUUUUUACUGAGAAUCUGGCUUCAGUGAAAACGGGAACCCUGUUUAUGAAGGGUGGGGGGCAGGGGGCGGGGUCACCUGUGUGUGCUGUAAAUCCGGAGGCUGAUGUUUUCUACUCUUGUAUAUUACCCUGCUUUCAUUUUGCAUACAUCCCACGAGUCACCACUGACUGAAACAUGUUUGUUAGGCUUCAAGAAAAAUCAUGUAAGUAGUUUGAAAAAGAUAUUUAAAAGAAAUUUGGCCGCUGUACAUUUGUUUGCUAAAGAUCUUAGUGGUAGUAUUUAUGACAACCCAAGAAAAAAAAAAUGAAAGGUCCCUCCAACCCGCACAGGCGAAAUGCCCUCUGCCCCGCCCCCAGGACACCUGUCAGUGAUUUUAGGGGGAAAGGAACUUUGAAGUUCCUGUGAUUAAGUGGUUGCAUUUAUGCAUUUCAUUCCAAAUGUAUUUUGAAUCUUAGAGGCGACCCAGGGUAAAAUACAUUUUUAAUAAAACAAAAUGAAGCUGGAAAGAGUCCCUCUCCAAAAAAUGUAAUAAACUACAGAGUAAAAAACUGACCUAUUCUUAAUCAUGCCUGUAUUACGGAGUAUGAGGGGGAACGCGUCGUUUUUCUUGUAAGAUUAAAUGAUCCGUUUCAAUGGUCCAGCUUUUUUUUGGGGAUGGGGGGGGGCGGGGGGUGAGCAUAUGGGUUUCUGUCUAUUUUGAGAGGGUAGGGUCUGGCUAAAGUUCCUGUGGUUAUCCUGGCCUGGGUGACCACUUCUUGCUCUGUGUUCACAUGAGAAAAAUGUAUAAAAAUCGUAAAUAUGUAUACAUUUUUAAGGAAUCGUGCUAACAUUGAGAUGCAUUAUAUGUGUAUGAUUUUAAGAUCACAUUUGGUUUUAAUAUGAACAGAAUGCUUACAAUAAAACAAAAACCUCAGUGAUAUUUA